GAUGUCUGGAGAAUCCAACAGUAUAGCAGGGUGGCUGCGAGGGAGAAGCUCUGAUCUCCGCUAGACAGCAGAGAAGUUGGACGAAGGGUAGGAGGGCCAGCUGAGGCAGUCAGGAAGGGACAGGCAGUGCGGCAGGCUGUUGGGAAAGCCAUUCUCAGAAAUGACUGGAACCAGUGCUGGGUGGCUGCUCCUGAGCAUUCCGAGGGAAACUGUCCCACAGCCUGUCUCUCUUGCAGCCCCGUGUCCAGGGCAGAUGUGUGGUGAGCUCACUGGCUGUCCCUGGCUGCGAGCAGGCUCUGUCCUGUUUAGACAGUUCCUGCCUCUAGGGAGGGAUGGUUCUAGUUUGGUGUUGUGAUCUUAAAGGGGGUUGGAAAGUGCUCAGAAAUGGCAGGACAUGCGACACCAGCAGACAUUGGUGCUUUCUGAAUCCUGGAGAUGAUGGACUUGGGGGUCAGAUAGACUUGGUCAGAGUUCAGGCUUUGCCCCUUACUGGCCGUGUAUCUUUAGGUAAGUAGUUUAACUUUAUCUGAACUUUAUCUCCCCGUUGUAGAACACGAUGAGUUGUGAGUAUUAAAUGAGAUUAUGCACAGCCCGGCCCUGACAUGCCAGGAGCAUUUGCUAAAUGUUUGUUGGUGAGGUUAAUUGAAUAGAAUAUCUCCAGUUUCUUUCUAACACUUACAAUUCAGUGGUUCUUUGAACUGGGAAGAUAGUGUAGAGAUGUAUUUUUCAGAAAAACAAAAGGCCAAAGUACUUAAUAAAAAGUGUAUUGAGAUUCAAAAUUGUGUCAGGCAUUUGUAGGAAGAGUAGGAAAUGCUAUAAAAAGUAGACAUGAUUUCUUCUUGACAAGACUUCACUCUGACUUUCCAAGAAUAUAUGAAAUUUUCCUAUGAUGAAUAGAAAGUUUAUAUCACCAGUUCUUUUUGGUGAGACCAUUUUUUAAUACUGCUGCUUCUUAUUCAUCAGACCUGUUAUACUACUUUAAAUACUAUUUAAAGUAUUUCUGUUUGUGGUUUACUUUUUAAGAUAAUGUGGAAUCAAUUCAUGAUCGUCUCCAUUAUACUCUUUUAAGCACUCUGAUAUUUCUCACAUGAAGGAGAAGUCCAGGAAUGAGGGCGAGCCCAGCCUGUGUGCGUGGGUGCUCUGGCCUUGUCCUCUGCUGCUGCCGAUUCACCUAGAGGGUGUUUCACACUGUCCCAGAGAGGGGACUGCUAACCUCUUGCCACGUCCAGGCGAAUGCGCUGGGCUCCCAAGGGCCAUUUUCCCCGCUGCUGAGAUCUAAGGCAGAAAUCCGUGCUCACACCCUUGCUUGUGUAGGCAAAUGUCUACUCAUGGUUUGUUCCCGACCUCAACAUAUUCUUUCUCCAUUUUAAAUCCAAGUUAAUUAGUCCAUGUGUGUAGAACGUACUGUUUACCUGCGUUGUGUGGAGUUGGUACACGUUCACAGCACGUCCUGGUUCCUUUUUCCCUCUCCUUAUCCCUUCCUCGCCCAUCUCUACUCUCGGCCCUCUUCCCCUUUAAGGAAGAUCUAUUUCCCCACUUCCUGUUAUCUGUGUUCUGUUUUGCUCUUUAUCUUUACUCUGGGUUUCUCAUGGAAGAGAAGUAAUGUGAUACAGAAGAGUUUGUGUCUGCUUUAUUUCACUGGCCAUUACGGUCUCAAGGUGCAUCCAUUUUUCACAAAUGACUCAAGUUUAACUUUCCUUAUGGUAGAGUGGCACUCCCUGGUGUGUAAAUAGCAUUUUCUUUAUCCAUGCAUCUGCUGAUGGACAUAUAUGUUGCUUCCAAGGUUUAGCUAUUAUGAGUUGUGCUGAUGAACAUGGGUGUCCAUAUAUUUCUGUAAGAUGAUAUCUUCAACUGUUUCUGGAAGACGCCUAGAAGACAAAUAGCUGGGUCCAGUGAAAGGUCUAUUUUUGGUCUUUUGCAGAAUCUCCUGACUGAUUCAGUACUGAUGGUAAUAGUUUACAUUUCCACCAACAGUGUGGAAGGUGAGUUCAGUAUAUGCUGAUACUGCUUUCAGAAUACAGCUGUAAAGAAUUAUUAACCAUCUAAGGGAAGCAGACAUUUUCCUUAAAAAUCUUCCCAUCUCAGAAAUGGGUGUUUAGGAAGUUCCUCUGCAAUACAUCUUCCUUUCUAUCCAUGUUUCAUCCCGAGGCUUGACGUCUGGCCCUGCUGGAUUGUUUUCUGAAGAUGAGCAGGGUAAUCUAGCUGGGCUGAGGACAGACCUGCGUUCAAAGUGAGCAGAAUCCACAACUGCGGAAGGAGCCAGAGCAUCAGACUAGAGGGAUCAUUGCUCCAAGCAAGAGACAGCCUAUCGUGAUUCCUGAUCAAACCACAACACACUCCUGAAGAUGUGUUCCACGAACCCAGGCAACUGGGUCACCUUUGAUGAUGAUUCUGCUUUUCAGUCUCAGAAGUCAAGGAGUUUCCCUCUGGAGAAUCAAGGUGUCUGUAGACCAAAUGGACUGAAGCUGAACCUUUCUGGCCUCAAAGAAUUCCCCAGCGGAUCAUCCUCGACCAGCAGCACCCCUCUCUCUUCUCCUGUUGUCGAUUUUUACUUCAGCCCAGGACCGCCAAGCAAUUCUCCUCUUUCUACGCCUACCAAAGAUUUCCCAGGUUUUCCUGGCAUGCCUAAAGCAGGGACUCAUGUGCUUUAUCCUAUUCCAGAAUCUUCUUCAAAUAGCCCACUCACACCAACAGGGGCAGGUUGUUCCUCAUUGCCUGCAAAACCAACCUGUUUAUCCCAGGCUUUCUCACCCAGUGACUUCUUUUGUACAGUUCCAGCUCCCAAAGGAGGUCUUCCAGAUGAACUUUGCCCUCAGCAGGCUGAAAACACAGGGGUCCAAGGUGACACACCCCAGUUUCAAUACUUCCGGGAGGACUGUGCGUUUUCAAGUCCAUUUUGGAAAGAAGAAAGCAGCGCUUCCCAAGUCACCUUUGACACUCCAGGAAGCAGAAGGAUGUUCUCACUGAAAGACAAGGGGAUGCCAGUUGAUCAAAAAAGCCUAAAUAAAUGCUCACUCAACUACAUCUGUGAGAAGCUUGAACACCUCCAAUCAGCUGAGAACCAAGAUCCUCUUGGGAAUGUGUCUACGCAGUGUCCCUAUGCUGAGGACUCUGCCUCUUCCUUUGUCCCCCACACGCUCUUCAGGAGUCAGCCCAAAGCUGGAUGGUCCUUCAUGCUGAGAAUUCCUGAGAAGAAGAACAUGAUGUCUUCCCGUCAGUGGGGACCCAUUUUUCUGAAAGUUUUACCUGGAGGAAUUUUGCAAAUGUAUUAUGAGAAGGGGUUAGAGAAACCAUUCAAAGAGUUACAGCUCGAUCCACAGUGCAGGCUUUCUGAACCCAAAGUUGAGAACUUUAGUGUGGCAGGAAAAAUCCACACUGUGAAGAUUGAACACGUGUCCUACACAGAGAAGAGGAAAUACCAUUCUAAGACGGAAGUAGCUCACGAGCCAGACAUAGAACAGAUGCUGAAGCUGGGGUCCCCGGAGUACCGUGACUUUCUCGACUUUCUAACCACGGUGGAGGAGGAGCUGAUGAAACUGCCAGUUGUUUCAAAGCCAAAGAAGAACUACGAGGAGCAAGAACUCUCUCUGGAAAUUGUGGACAACUUCUGGGGGAAAGUCACCAAGGAAGAUGGGAAAUUGGUUGAGAGUGCUGUGAUAACUCAGAUCUGCUGCCUGUGCUUUGUGAAUGGGAACACGGAAUGCUUUUUAACCUUGAAUGACCUUCAGCUGCAGAAGCGAGAUGGAUGCGGUUUUGAAAAAGAUCCAGAAAAAAAGUGGAUUGACAUUCUUGACCAUCAUUUUCAUAACUGUGUGAAUGAACAGGAAUUUGAGCAAACUAGAAUCAUUAAGUUUGUGCCUCUGGAUGCCUGCCGGUUUGAGCUGAUGCGGUUCAGGACCCUGUAUCCUGGGGACGAGCUUCCGUUUUCCCUGAAGUCUGUAGUCGUCGUGCAGGGGGCCUAUGUGGAGCUUCAGGCCUUUGUCAACAUGGCCCCCUCGCUUCAGAGGCCGUCCCACACCGGGUCCUUGAGAUGCUGUGACAAUAUCAUGAUACACUUUCCUGUCCCAUCUCAGUGGAUCAAGGCCCUCUGGACCAUGAAUCUCCAGAGGCAGAAGUCCCUGAAGGCCAAAAUGAACCGACCCUUGUGCCUGGGAAAUUUACAUGAACCCGAAUCUGAACCUGUCAUUCAGGUCACUGUGGGGUCAGCAAAGUAUGAGAGUGCUUACCGGGCUGUGGUGUGGAAGAUAGAGCGGCUUCCUGACAAAAAUUCAAGUCCUGAUCAUCCCCACUGUUUGUCAUACAAACUAGAACUUGGAUCUGACCAGGAGAUUCCCUUGGAUUGGUACCCAUUCGCCACUGUUCAGUUUUCCAUGUCAGACACCUGUGCCUCGAGGACGGAGGUCAGGUCUCUGGGGGUGGACAGUGACAUGCAACCACAAAAGAACAUUCAUCAGCGAGCUUGCUACAACCUCCAGGUUGAAAUAGAAAAGAAGUGGAUUAAAAUUGAUGGAGAAGAUGCCGAUAGAGCUGGCAGCUGCGUCACGCAGUAGGAGCAGCCGGGAGAGACGCUGAUAGCCGUCCGUCAAAUGUGCAAUGCACAGAAACCGCAUGAAGGGCAGGGUUGGGCGACCACGUGAGAGGGUGGCAAUGACUUCUGAGUGGUGGGCCCAGCACAGGUCCAAAGGCUGUGUAUAGAAAAGUUUAGACUAAAACUAAACCAUCUAUCUCUUAUACUUUGACGUAUUUUUGCCCUGUGGCCUUGAUCUAAAGUGAAUCUAUAAUUUGUGUGAUGUUUUGCUUUCUAUUGAAACUCACAGCACUGUUACCCGAUGCAUGCGUGACCUGGUAGCUGGCUUGUCUGAGGGGUUUUUGAAUUUUGAUUACCCAGUGGCUGAUUGGUUUUAUUAUCUGAGCACCAUAUCCCUCCAUCCCCCCUCUUCUUGCUUUACCAGAGGGAAACGCACAAAGAGGACCUGAACUAAAGUAAUUAAUGUCCCCUCUUCCUCCUUCCUGAAACAUGGUUAGGUAGAGAGCGAUAUUGAAACAAACCACAGACUGAAAUGCAGAUUUGGAAUUACCUGUGGUUUUGCAUUUUUUCUGUUCCUAUCCUCUGGCCACAUUGGUAAAUUAUCCUUGGCUGUAUUUGGCACCUGUCUUUCCCCUGCUGGCUUAUCACUUUUGAAGUGUCUAUAUCCUGGAGUGUGUGAUGGAGGCGCUAUUUCUGCUGAUACACAAAUUUUAGUACAGGUCACUAAGAGACGCUGCCUUUUGUUGGCGGGUACCCUUUCAAAAUGGAAUAAGCAUUGGGUGCUAGUUAGAAUAUUUAUGUACAUUAAAGGUGAAUUUUUAAAGCUCAUGAAUACUGUUUUCUAAAAGUAUACUCUAAGAAUAUAUUUUGAUAAAGUAUUAUUUGUAAUUAACACAAGCCUCUCGAGUAGAAGUAAAAUCAUAGUAUGAUUGUUAUGCUGAUGCUACUAUCAUGCUAUUUUAUGCUAACCCUGCUUAAUUUUGAGUAUUUUUUAAAAAGAUGCCUAAAGUAAAAGAAACUAGACAAUUUUACCUGUAUUUCUAAGAGGAAACAUUUCCUCAAAGCAAGAAAUGACUGUUGUAGGUUAGUUUCUAGUGAAAAACCAACAACAUUAGCAGUUACAAUUCUGCUUAUAAUUUUCUUUUAAUAUCUGUAGUGACAAUUCUGAAUUUUAAAAUGCAUGAAAUGUAUAUUUUUCAGUUGGAAAAAACAAAUUCUUCCAGGACAUAUUAACACAACUUCAAUAUAUAUUGAGUCUUAAAUGUGAUUAGGAGGCAUUUUUCUCUAUUUAUCAGAUUUGUUUUGAGUCAAAACUGAAAUAAUGUUCUUCCAAAUAACAUUUAUUUGUUGGCUUACAGAAUUUAUCUCCUAUGUUUUAUUUAAUAUGUUAUUAGAUUCAUUUUAAUCUGUUCGAGUAACGGAUUAAAACAAACAUGUAUGAAGAUCUGUAUCAAUCAACAGAUGUUUUUGCUUUUUAUUUUUUCUUACUAUGAAAGCACGUAUUGCAAAAAUCAUGGCCAAAAUGAAUUGAUGUUGCUCUUUUUUUAACAUCACUAGAAACACUGUUCAUAAUACAUGCUGACGACUCACUGAUGACGUAUAGGAGGGCAGGUAUGCACGUGCGUGCGUGCAUGUCUGUGUGUGUGUGUGUGUGUGUGUGUAUGUGUGUACAAUUUUUUAAAAGCCUGCCUUCUUUCCUUAUCAUCCAGCAAGGGCUCACUCUGGUAAGCUUCUGUCUGCUCAGGAAGAUACGGACGGACCAGGUCUGACCCAAGGAAGGUAGCUAGGUAAUUGCUGCCAUUCCUUUCUAAGUGUGCUCUCUGGCAUCCUUCCCAUAAAGAACUCAAUAAAUAUUUACACCUUCAAAUAAAUUCAGCAAAGUGUUCAGUUAUUCACCUCUCGUGGUUCACAGGCUGACUAGUGUCUGUGGUACCUUACUUCUGGAAUUAGUUACAGGCUGCCCAGCUUUCAGGAACAUCUCAAAAUUCAGUGUUGGAAAUACAGUAACUAAAGACUGAUGAAAGCCCAAAUUGAGUUUCAGCCACAAUGCAAAGGUUGAUAGCAUUAACAGCAGGGUGCUGCAGCAUAAUUGUCAAUUUGCACAUCUAUUAGGACCUUAAAUAUUCAUUACGUAGUGUUAAAUUAGCAAUCUGUGUGGGAAUGAGAAGCUUUUUAAUACAAUUUUUUUGACCUUAGGUGUGGCAGGAAGGUCAAGUGUGACUGGAGUUCUAAGUGAGAAGUCAGGUAGAAUUCAUUUAAACUUAACAAAUUAAGAGAUAGAAUCGCCUUUGGCAGAAAGUAAAUAAAGAUCUUCAUGAAACCCUUGAUUUUUAAGGGAGGAGGAAGGGAGCCAGACCACUCCUUUUCUAGUGUUUUACUGUAGGCCUCUUUAUGAAUUGGACUGUUGUGGAGUCAGUUUGAUGGACACUGUGGCAGCCUUUCAAGAGCUGAUGGCUUGUGACAAGUCACUCUGCACUAAUCAUUCUGGUCUGGUCACCUUACCGCAAUCUUAUUAAUUGUGCAAAUGCAUUCGGGGUUCCAUCAUUACAUAAGCAACUGUGCAGGUCUGAAUUUAAGAACAUUAUUCUGUCAGAAUCACAAUAGUUUAUCCCUAAGAAGGUAUAAAAAAGGGUAUUUUCUACAAAGUAAAGCCUGGAACUUUUGACUUUGUGUGUUUUUUAGAUAGUUCCGUCAUUCUGGAACUAUACUUUUUCUUAUAAAUUCAGUUAAAGUUCUAUAUUAAUAUGACUAUUAUAAUGUUUUAUUCAAAAUAUGAUUUUAUGUCCUAUCGAUAUGAGUAUAAAACAGAUUGAGCCUUACUAAUCAUGUAACAAAGUAUUUUGUAGAUUGCGUAUUGAUUUUUCUAAAAUUAAAGAUGUAUUUCAAAUAA